AGCGCUAAACCAAAAGAGAGAGAAACCAAAAAAGAUUCGAACAAAACGCAAAAACCCUAAGAAGAGCUCACGGUAUUAUAAUCGCCGUCGAUUUCUCAAUCCCUCACCGGUGAUUCUCACGCCGGUGAAACGUGUACCAUUAUUAGCCUGUAAUAGAUAGAUAGAUAGAUAGAGAUUUGUUUAGGUAAAUUUUUCCUAGAAGAAUCAUGUAUAGAGAAAGAGGUACGGCGAAUUCGAGACCUGAGGUUGUAGAUCGUAAACGGAUCAACGACGCUCUCGAACGUCCUUCUCCGUCAACGUCUCGUAAAGUUAACGGUAAAGGCAAAGGAACCGUUACGGCGGCGACGGCGAAUUUGAUGGGGAAGAAGCAGCAGCAGCAGCAGUCGAAUGACAGCCAUAGUAGAGAUUCGCGUUCUGCUUCUCUCUCUAAGAACAAUAAUGUUUCUGACGAUGAAUCAGAUACAGAUAGUGAGGGAUCAGAUGUUAGUGGGUCUGAUGGAGAGGACACUUCAUGGAUAUCUUGGUUCUGUAAUCUACGAGGGAACGAGUUCUUUUCUGAAGUUGAUGACGAUUACAUUCAAGAUGACUUCAACUUGUGUGGGCUCAGCAGUCUAGUUCCUUACUACGAGUACGCUCUUGAUUUGAUCUUGGAUGUUGAAUCUUCUCACGGAGAGAUGUUUACAGAGGAACAGAAUGAGUUGAUCGAGUCAGCUGCGGAGAUGCUUUAUGGACUGAUUCAUGCUCGUUACAUAUUGACAAGCAAAGGAUUGGCUGCUAUGCUAGACAAGUAUAAAAACUAUGACUUUGGAAGAUGUCCAAGAGUUUACUGCUGUGGCCAACCUUGUCUUCCCGUUGGCCAAUCCGAUUUACCUCGAUCUAGCACAGUGAAGAUAUAUUGCCCAAAAUGUGAAGAUAUUUAUUACCCACGUUCGAAGUAUCAAGGCAACAUUGAUGGAGCUUACUUUGGGACAACAUUUCCACAUCUGUUCUUGAUGACUUAUGGGCACCUGAAGCCACCAAAGGCAACACAAAACUAUGUUCAAAGAGUGUUUGGGUUCACACUACACAAGCCGUGAAGGAAGUUUUAAAGACAGAAUCCCAAGAAACAAGAUCAUGGCUUUGGAUUGGAAGAAAAAUGAAAAAAAAAAAAAAAGAGAAACAAAAAGCAUUGUAAUCACCAAAGGUGAAGAGAGCUGUCAUGGCUCUAUUUGUCUUGAGGUACAUACACAUUUGAAGCAAUCAGAAGCAUGGUUAGAAGGAAAGAAAAAACCCAAAACCUUUUGAUGAGUUUGUUAAACUUGAACCUGUAUUUUUCUACGCUUUCCUUAUUAUUAAUGUCAUCUGAUAUCAGAGAAAUAAUCAUAUGUCAUAAAAUUGCUCUCUUUUAGCUAUAUUUUAGAUUAUAUUUUUUUCCUCCGAA